GGCAGCGACACCCGCCCGCGGACUCCGGGCGCAGCACACGCGCGCGACGCCACUCCGCACGGCGCGUCGUCGCCGGCUACACCGCCCGCCGCCACUUCCGAGAUGAUUUGAAUUGUGUUGUCGGCAGGUAUGCCUGCGAGGAUGAUGAGCGCGCGGGCGGGCGCGGGCGCGGGCGGCGAGGUGAGCGUGGCCGACAGCCCGCUGGCCACGCUCGAGUCCCUCGCGCAGGCCGCCGUCAUCGCCGUCAUGGGCGUCGCCAUCGUCAUCUCCAACCUCCUCAUCAUUGCUGCCUUCCUUAAUUUCAAAGGUCUCUCGAACGAGGUGAUUAAUUACUACCUCUUAUCACUGGCUGUGGCGGAUUUAUUGUGUGGGUUGUUCGUGGUGCCUUUAUCCGUAUACCCAGCCAUUACUGGUCGCUGGAUGUUCGGCGACCUAAUGUGCCGACUCGCAGGAUACGUCGAAGUUACUCUGUGGUCCGUCUCAGUCUACACUUUCAUGUGGAUAUCCGUGGACCGAUACCUGGCCGUCAGAAAGCCUCUCCGAUAUGAGACGGUUAGUGCGACGGUACAAACUCGCACUCGAAGUCAGUGCUGGAUGGUGUUCACUUGGAUAUCAGCGGCAAUGCUCUGUUGUCCGCCACUGCUAGGCUACAAGAAGGAAGCGAACUUCGACAAGGAGACCUUCAUCUGUAUGCUGGACUGGGGCACCACGUACGCCUACACUGCCACUCUCGGAAUUCUCGUCCUAGGGCCGAGCGUAAUCUCUAUCGUUUAUAAUUACUUCUAUAUAUUUUCAAUGAAACGAAAGCUAAACAGUGGUGCACCUAUUCACGAUAAAGAAUAUGCAACUGCUUUAGCGGAGAACCUCGCUAACCCUAGCCAUUGGAUGAGCUUUAUUCUCGUGUCAGCUUUUUGGCUUAGCUGGGCGCCGUACGCCGGGGUCAGGCUGUACGAGUACUUCACUUCUCAAGAACUUAAGAUUCCGAUGCUGCACUUUGGUGUCGUGUGGCUUGGAAUAUUAAACUCCUUUUGGAAAAUUGUAAUUUUAAUCUCUUUAAGUCCACAGUUUCGAUUAGCUCUCAGAAUACUUUGCUUAACAGCCUGCUGUCGCACUAAGGGCCGGUUACAAGCCGAGCUUAUAGGUUUGGAUAACGACGACUGAAUCAUCUUUUGGUCUACAUACUGUUACGUAAAACAAACUGAAACUUUAAUAACAUAUUAUUAAGAGACAAAGAGUGCGCAUUACCUGGCGGUGCAAAACAAGAGUUUUGGUUGUGUAGUAUUGAAUAUGUACGUCUGUUAGUUCGAUAGAGGUAAAUACAACCAUGUUUGUAAUUGAACAGUGCCUGAUAAUAAUAAUAAUACAAUAAAAGUCCACGAGUUCUAACGUCGCCGCUUUUGCUCGUUUGGGUAAUUCCAGUAGUAAUCUCGUGAUUAUCGCUCAAUAUAGA